AUGCAGUUGCUUAGAAGGAAUAUACGUGGGAGAAGAGGAUCAAGAGAUGAAGAAGGAUCAAAUUCUAAUCAAUCUAAUCAAAGUUCAAAUAUUCCUAGAACUACAACUACAACUCAUAGUCGUUUGGCUCCUGAAUUACUGAGGACUGCUAGUGAAGAGACUUUAAUUAAUUCAACUCAUAGAAAUAAUUAUACUAGUAAUAAUGUUAUAAUCCCCGGUCAAUCUGAACAAUAUAAUAAUUUGAUAAGGACUCAAUCAAAUGAUUCUAAUAUGACACAUGUUUCUAGAGCUGAAACAUUUGUUGAUUUGGUAUUGGGUCAUUCAUUCCAUGAAUUUAAUGAGAUAAGGACGAUGCCUGUUGUAUCUGGUAUUUUCCAAAAAGGUACAUUUGUAUUCCCCUCUGAAGAAUCAUUAAAUUUAUACAAGAGUCAAAGUAGGAAUGUUGAUAUAGAACUUAGGAAACAAGGUUUAGGAAUUCCAUUAUUACAAAUUUGCUCACCAAUGUUGAGUGCUUUCAAGAAAAACAGCCCAACUUUGGUUAUAUACAAGUUUAAACCUCCAUCAUCAUUGAAUUCAUCAAAUGGAUUAGAUCCUAAUGAUAAUCCAAAAUUUGAAUUUUGUAAAAUUUAUUUCAAAUAUUUAAAGAUGAAAAUUGCUAAAUAUGUUUUCCAAUUCAUGCCAAAUGGUCAAAUCAAUGAUCCUGAAAAUGAAACAAUAGUGAUGUAUAUAAGUUCUGCAACUCCUUAUGCUGAUGUUGUUUAUAGAAAUACAAGAUUAAGAUGGAUUGGUACAACAAAUAUGUCAUCAACUUUUGGAUCUGGUUUUUUCAAAUUAAUAAAGUUAAAUGAUGAUUCUCCUUCAUUGACAGAUAAUACAGAUGAAGUAUUUGCAGACCCAACAGAUCCAUUAUUAACUUCAAGAGAUCCAAAUGCAACACAAUCUCAAUUACCACCAUUAGCAAGAUUUAGUGACCGAGAAUCCUCUACAAUGCCAAUAAAGAGAACAAUAAGGCAUGGUGAUGUUAAGAUGGUUGAAGUUUUAAAUAAUGGGGAUAGAAAUAGUAUAUUAGAUGUACCUUAUUGCUCUUUAGUUAUUACAUGUCUUGCAUUGGUACUUCGUGAUCAGGAAUCAAAGAAGAACCAUGGGAAUCCAAGAUUUUAUGAAACAAAUAUGGCUUCAAGUGUUUUUUAUUAA